UAUCUUGCGUCACCAAAUCCGGAUGUAUCUCCUGCGGUAAGCGAAGCAUUUGUUUUCUUAUCACUAACGGCUCCUAUGUAAGCGUGAAGACCAACGAGAGACUACAUGUAGCACUUUAUGAAUCCAGCCUUCGUCUGUUCACCAACUUUGAAUGAGAUGGUAUCAUGGACAUGGACAAUCAUCAAGAAGGAGAGACACAGGGAGUCAAGAUUUGCGAUCCACCCAUAAAAAGCACCACAACAGCAGCAGACACCCUGGCAACCUCACUUUCACUCUUGGGGAAUCACAUGUUUCCGGAUCUGGUGGCCAGGAAGACUGCACAAGAGGAGGAACGGACACAAGCUGUACCGGAAGAACCCCUUCAGGACUCGGGAAGCUCCAUCGGUUCUUCAACGACUGAGCCGAAAGUCGAGGAGCAUCAAGAUGUUACAGAUGACACUAGGAACGACUUUAACAACGCUACCAAUGAUGCUACCAAUGAUGUCACGAACGAUGGCACGGACAACGCCACAAAUGCCUCGCAAAGCGACUCAGAAGAUUUUGUCAUCACCAUGCUGGCUAAGGCCAAGCUAGAGGAGCAAGGCCUCGGCUUGAAGGGUCGUUCAUCGCCACUAUUGGAGACGGGCGUCCAAGAAUCUCCCCUCGCUGUUCACAGCACGACCCACCGCGAAGAGGACGUGAUGGCAGAAAGCUGGCGGCGUCACAGAAAGCAUGUUUUUGUGCUAAGUGAAGCUGGAAAGCCUAUCUAUUCACGCUACGGCAGCGAAGAAGCUCUCUCAUCAACGAUGGGCGUCAUGAUGGCACUGGUGUCCUUUGUGCAAAGUGGAGAUAACAUCAUACGCUCCGUCUACUCAGAGGAGCACACAGUUGUCUUCCUCCAAAAAGGGCCCCUUGUGCUCGUGUGCGUGUCCAGUAGCCGUCAGUCGGAACAGCAGCUGCGCACCGAGCUCCUCUACGUCUACUACCAGAUCAUCAGCAUGCUAACGCAGGCCAGCAUCUCUCGCAUCUUCGAGCAUAAGAAAAACUACGACCUGCGUCGUCUUCUGGCCGGCUCUGAGAAGAUCCUGGACGGCCUCCUGGACCUGGUGGACUCAGACCCAAGCUUCUUGCUAUCGGCCGUGCACUGCCUGCCGCUGGCGUCCUCCCUCAGGGACUCGCUCAGCCAGAUCCUGCAAAAGGCUAUCACGCCUAACUUGGUUUUCUCCAUUCUGGUCGCCAAGAAGCAGCUCCUGACUGUCGUUCAGGAGAGGGCGGUAAUCGACGACGCCCGCCUGGAGCCAGCUGACGUCCACUUGCUGCUGAAUCUCGUGGGCGCCUCGUCCGCCUUCCAGGCCGGCGAGAUCUGGACUCCCAUCUGCUUGCCGCUCUUUAACCCCGACUGUUACUUCUACGCUUACAUCUCCUACCUGGACCCGCCCGAGUGCACGGUGUGCCUGCUGUUACUCUCCACUGACAAGGAGGCUUUCUACGCCGUGGCCGAUUGCAAACGCCGCAUCGAGGAGGCCAUGGCGGCGCAGGGCUCAUUGGGGCUUAUUGCCAAAGCAAGGCCGUAUGUUGUGAGUCAGGUGGGCGUGGCUGACUUACGGCACUUCAUGUACAAGCCCUUUGACGUCCCCGACAACCAUCGCCAGCUCACGCAGUUCACCAGCCCCGAGAUGGAAGCUCCAUACCACACAGAGGAGGAGAAAAUGAGGCUCUUGGACCUUUACCGGUUCAUGCACAGUCGCAUCCACAGUAGCUCUCGACCCCUCAAACUCAUCUACCACGUUGCCCAGAGGGAAACUCUUCUAGCGUGGGUGACAAGUAAAUUCGAGCUAUACACGUGCUUCAGCCCGCUGGUGACUAAGGCGUGCGCCAUCACGGUCAUCACUAAGCUCCUCCGCUGGAUCAAGAAGGAGGAGGAUCGUCUCUUCAUCAGAUAUCCGCCCAAGUACUCUACCACACCCAAUCCCGCCAAAAGCUCACGGGGGGCCAAGGCGGAGCCACUGGACUCUGCCGACAAUGGCUUCCUGUCCCUGCUUUGAGAUGGACCUGUUUUGAAACUUGCCGGCAGGUGAUGCAAAAACAGGUAGGAACAACUUUUAAUUCUCAGAUGGAUACGGAGGACGGACAGCGCUAUUUAAGUGAUUUUACGUUUGUUUUAUUAAACUAUGAAUGUACGGGCAUGGGAGACUUCUUAAACAGCAUUAUGCAAGAAGAGAUGGACAAACUGUAACACCUUGCAAUAAAACCUCAGAGCCCCAAAUAUCAAAUCUACAAUGGUCCAUAAGAUACUUAGUAAUAAUAAUAUGAUAUUGUUGUUUGUGUUUCAUUGAUUUAGAACAGGCCUCAUAGGAUUUAAGAGGAUUAGGAACACACAGAUAAAUUAUAUGACGAGAAUAAAAGUUAUAUUCUUUGCCUAAAAGCAAAGCUGCCCGAAUCAUAAUUGACCAUUUUCAGAAAACAAGAAAUAAAAAAAAAUAUAUAUAUAUACCAAUUACCAAGGACAUUGUUAUUUUUAUUGCUUUUGUGACAGUUGAUUUGGCAGUUAUGAAAGUAGGCUAACAAUGUUCUACAGAUAAAAAGGUCUAUUUUUGCAAAAACAGUUAUUUUUUAGGUGGAAAAAAAAUAUAUUUUUCAAGAUGAGAUAUUUUCUUGUACAUGAAAAAGGUGGGUUAUUUUGGCAAGUCUUAGGUAAAACGUACCUUCUUCUGGGAAGAAAAAGUUGUAAUUUUAUGAAAAUAAAAUAGUAUUUUUUUCUGUAUUUGGCUGGGAGAUGAGAUGUUAUACUGUAUUCUGAUAUGUUUUAUUUUUUGAGCUAAAAAGUAAAAAUAAAGGUUAUUUUUGUGACAACUUUACACAAAAAAAUGGUAACACAAAGUUAUAUUCUGGUAAUAUUACUACAAAUAUUACCUUCUCAAAAAAUUACAACUUUUUUUUUCUAAAAUACAUCAUUCCAGAAACAAAAAGAUCAAUUGGACUUUUCUAAAUGACAUUUUGGGGGGAAAAUCUUGGGAGAUUCUCGUGAUAUAAUUAUUUUACAGUGUAUCCUUAAUACUCCUUCAUAGUGCAAAAAAGAUACAGGAACAUUUGUCUGUUACAAUCGUGUUUUCAUCAGCAGGAUUUCAAACAUUUGUUAUAAUUGUGCUUGUUUGUAUUGGAGAUUCCAUUUAGACAACAGCCUCACCAUUCAUGUAUUAAUGUUGUCUCUUCAAAUAGUCUUAAAAGUCUAUGACUAUGAUUACUAGUAUUAAGAAGUAAAUCCCCAGGCCAGGUUGCACAAGUACAUUAAGUGUUCAAUGUGCAUCGUGUGUUUGUUGUAACUAAAUGUAGUUCUACAACCACACUAAUAAACACAUUAUUAAAUCUAAAUCUAAACUUAUUUAUAAAUGGAACUUUGUGUGUGCGUGUCUGUGUUUAUUCCCUAUGGACUCUGAAACGGCUUGACCGAUUUUCUUGAAAAUGUACACAUUUGUACAAUAAGCAUCUGCAAGUGUUCUUAGGUAGGUUUUGUAUCGAAGUACACCCGAUAAGUAUCAAAAACUAUCAUUGAUAAAAUUGGGUUGCUGAAGGAAUGGCCAAAAUUUGACAGACUCAUAAAGAGUGACAUCAAUAGUGUUUCUCAGAAGUUUCAAAACUGCAGAGCUUUCAAUGGUUCAGAAAAUCAACAAAAUCCCCAAAACCGAUAUAUUCCGAUUCCACCCCACAAAUAGUGCUGUUAUUGGACUUUCAAAAAGUGGUGUUUUUGGGAAAGUAGGCAUUAGCCCUGCACAAUAUAUCGUUUGAACAUCGCCAUCGUAAUGUGUGCUUGCGCAGUAGUCCCUUGGCAGGACGUGCGAUUGUUUUUUGUUUUUUUUAAUGUAAACUUUUGUUUUUCUUCACAAAAGCAGCAGUUACAGUGGGGCAAAUAAGUAUUUAGUCAACUAACAAUUGUGCAAGUUCUCCUACUUGAAAAGAUUAGAGAGGCCUGUAAUUGUCAACAUGGGUAAACCUCAACCAUGAGGGACAGAAUGUGGAAAAAAAAAAACAGAAAAUCACAUUGUUUGAUUUUUAAAGAAUUUAUUUCCAAAUUAGAGUGGAAAAUAAGUAUUUGGUCACCUACAAACAAGCAAGAUUUCUGGCUGUUCUGCAGAAAUCGCAGACAUCAAGGAGUGUCCGAGAUUUUCAUUUUGAUAUAUUUACCCUUUUAAACUUUUUUUCCCCCAAAUUUUUCUUCGUUUGGAUCGAUUAUUUAUCAUCUAAAGUAUUGGAGGAAAAGCGAAAGUAACUAAAAAAAUACAAUUAAGCGAUAGUUAUGAGGUAGAUAGCCGAAACUUUUUACAGACGCUAAUUUUUUCAUUGUGACGUAAUUUUCUUAAAUGUUCAAAACAUGCGAGUGAAUAAUUUUUUUAAGUAGUUUUUUUAAAAAAACUAAAUAUUAGACAUCAAUUAAUGAUUCUAAGCUAAAAAUGACAGGCAUUUCGAAUAAUAAAUGAGAUUACUUACCCUCUUUUUAUGCCUAGGUUGAUAGGCAUAAAUUGUUAAUAUUAAAACACGAUGCCGUUUUUUUGAUGGGAGUAAAAACCAAGAAUCUUGCUGGGUUGAUUCAAACAGCUUUUAUUGUUGUGUGAGAAAAUUUCCGAGAGAGAAAGGAGAACCUCGGGAAGGCUCAGGUGUUAUGCUGCGUGACUUUUUUUGUUUUAUUUUUUUAAAGAAAAUUUCCUGACGUGUUGUCACCAUUACAAAGAGCUACGAAGCGCCGUACACCCAAAAAGUUUUCACAUAUUUGAAUCUCUCUGCUUUAAAAUAACACUCUCGGCUUCCUUGUUUUUUUUUGUUUUUAUAAAUUAAACGUCUAAAAUUGCAUUCCUUUUAAAUUACUUCCUGUUAGCCGGUAUAAACAAACAUUUACAUAUGUACAAAAAAAAAACUAUACAGUUGAAUAAUCGUACUGUAUGUUCCACACGCACUCUUUCUCACACAGACACACACACACUGGAGCCAGUUUGUGCUAUUCAAGUCGAUUAAAAUGUCGCUCGACAGCAGUAGUCUUUGUAUGCACUUAGCAAGUACUCCAUGUACACUUUCACAAUAUGGAAAAACUUAAGUACACACUACAAGUCCCAUGUAUUGGAUAUCGCAUCAUGGCUGGAAUUCAACGUACUGUACAGCAGAACUUCUAAAAUUUGUGGAUGGGCAUUUUGUGCGAUCAUGACCAUUUUAGAGUGAGCGCCUCGUAACUGUGACUUUUGUCAACUACACAAGAUGGUAUUUUUCGGACUAUAAGUCACUUUUUGGGUGGUUUUGUUGGGCUUGCAACUUAUACUUAGGAGCGACUUAUUAAACUAUUUGACACAUGUAUUACCAUUUUUUUUUUAAUUGAAAAAAUGUUUUUGAUACAUUUUUUACAGAUCAGGGGUCUUAAACAUGCAGCCAAGGAGAUAACUGUGUUCCACAGGACAAUAUUUUGUGGACCACAUUUGACAUCCAAUUGUAAUAUUCAUGUUGCCCACAUAUAUUUUGUGGAAAAAAAAAAAAAAAAUCAUUCCAAAUAAAAUUAAUUGAAGAAUCCAUUUUGGGUAAAAAAAAAAGAGUAAUAAAAAAUGGAAAUAAUUCAAAAUAAAAUAAAUUUGAAAAAAAUUCAAACUUCAUCCCCCCCACCCCAAACUUUUUUUUUUUUUUUUAAUAAAUUGGGAACAAAAAAUAUUUAAAAUCAAGUGUGGCCCAGGCUCAUUUUGCUCUAGUUGUACUUGUAUAUUUAAUUUUGAUCUCUUCUGAACUCUCAUAAUUCGUUGCUUUCCAUUGACUGUAAUAGAGGUCCAAUCCAUUUUAACAGAGGAGCUGGAAGCUAUUGAAUUAUAAUUAAGAACGUAUACUAGUAUUUACAUUUAAGAUAUUAAUCUUACCAGUAGAAUAGUAAGAUUAUGAAAUCGCAGUUGUUUGAUUUAGUAUGUUCUAUGUGCGUUUCAUUUUGACCCGUUUUCAUUUCGUCAAGCGCUGUCGAUAGCAGCCAAUGACUUAAAUGAGUGCCCUAUAAAGAGUUAAAUUAGAAGUCAACCAUGCUAACUAUUUUAGGAGAUUCCACUGUAAUAGUAAAUUUCAGUUAAAACCGUCCAGCCAUGACGCGAAUGUCAAUUGAGACUUUCACAAAAUACAAUCUAAAUAACUUUUCCCUUUUGAAUGUUCACUAUUUACAACUUUGGCCAAAACGGCAAAAUAAAAAUCAUUUAUGAACUCAAAGAGACAAGGGGUUGUGUCAUAGUCAUUACCGCUCGUCUUCCACUACACAUAAGAGCACCCGGAGACGUUCUUGUUACAUUUUGACAAAAAGUCAUAAAAAGUUGGAGGUGGGCGUGAAAUUGAGGUUGUCUCGGAUGCGGUUCAUGUGCAUCAUGGCACGGUCAUACGCCGUGUGCACAGACUUGCGAACGCUCGGCUUCUUGCCUUCCAUCAGGCGCAGUUUGUCCACGGUGUCGUCCAUUCCCAUAGGCAGAAGUUUAUCCCGAGGGAGCCACUGCCUGAAAAGGAAAAUUGAAACUUUAAACAUAACCGCGGUUUGUUCGGUAUCCAGCAUCUCGUUUCCGAUCUCACCAAGUUCUUUUAGUGUCAAAGAAAAGCACCAGGAAGAGCUUUUGUCCCACCUCCGCUCCCCUCCACUCGCCCAGCUUGAGCACCUCCACGGGAGGCACUGGGAUGGGGAUGCCGUUGUGGAGGAGUCCUUCCUGGGGCAUGUCUGGGUCAACGAUCUACCACAGUGAGGGGGAUUCAUGAACAAUUGCUCUUUCAGCGUCUCGCCGGAAACUUCGUCGGUUCUUUCUCACCAUGGCUGGGUAUGAUGGGUAGCCUCUGCAUUUGGCCCACACCAGAUCAAGAGGGGCCAACUCUGUCUCGCUGUCUCGACAAAGAAGUGUAGGUUUGCCUGUGGACAACAUAUGGCAACGAACAUUUGCAUUUGAAACCUUGAUAAUGAUCAUUUAGUACUUGGUUGUUACAGGCCACAUUGUAGAUAUGGUUUCUUUGGGAUUAAGUCAUUGAAAGUUAAUCAAUUAUUGAAUGAAUUGACUAACUAUUUUGAUAGUUUAGAGACAUUUUUGAUCUAAAAAUUGUACUAAUAUAUUUUUUUGCAAAUUUUCUCUUUACAUUACAUAUUCAUUCAUUCAUCUUCUGUACCCCUUAUCCUCACAUGGUUGCAGGGGUGCUGUCACCUAUUCCAGUUAACUUAGGGCAGGUGACCUGGCUGCCACCCAAUUGCAGAUAUGGAAAAAUAUAUAAUUUUUCAAUUCUUUAAAUAGGGAAAAUGUGUUUUGACUUUUUGCCUUUUUAAUUUUUAUUCAGUUAUACUGUUUGCAUUUUUUUUUAUUUUAAAUAAAGGGGGAUGACUAAAUUUUUUUUAGAUUUAAAAAAAAAACCUUUUUAGUCUUUUUUUAAAAUUAUUUUUUAAAAAGAAAAAACUGCAAGUAUACCCUUAAUUAAUGUAGUCCUCAGUCUUUCAUGGAGGACGACAGAUGAAAAUUUUCUUUUCGCAAAAAAAACUUUUACUUUACUGGGCCAUAACUAUGUGGAAUGUGAAUUUUUGAAAAUGACACACACACAAUUAGAGGUGUGCAAAAUUUCCGAUUCUUAGAUUAUUUGCGAUUCGACUGUGGAAGAUUCGAGAACGAUUCACAAACAUCCAAAUUCCGAUUAUUGAAAUAUGCCAAGUAAAGUGGAAGUAAAACACACUCAGCGCGCCGCGAGGUCUUCGGGACACAAUGAGGAACGGAGCGAGAGUAGCUAAACAUCAUGCUUCUCAUUACCCGGCCCCUCGGGUAAUGCCAAUGCUCAACUCACGGCUCUAGCUCAACUCAUGCCACGAGAUAAAAAAACACAACAACAUACCUGACUUCUGCCGACAGCUGCUACAAAGUACAUCCACAUAAUGUUACGGUAGAUAUCAUUUAUAUAGGACUAGAUGCAAUAUAGAUUCGGUAGCGUUAGCAGCACAUCUACAAAAAGCUAGAUGCGGGCGUUAGUAAACGGCCGCCAUCUUAAAGCAGUACACUUCCCUGCAAGGCUGUUGUAGCGAACCUUCCAAGCGAACCUAAUUAACUUUUUAUCUAAAAUACUCCUAAAUCGGUAAAAUAUUGACUUGAAUCUAUCUUUAAAAUAGUUUUAAAACUUUCACAUCCCGAAAGUAGACAAAAGGGAAAUUAUGGAAUAACGGGAACAAUUUUAACAACUUUAACGGUUGAUUCACAACAUUAAAUUAAUUGAAUGUAGUUUAAAGCUGCUGAUACAGAACGGGACUGGAGUUUUUUUAUUUACUGUUAUUUUUGAAUAUUUGUUUACUGUUAUAUGUUAACUUGAUACUGAAAUAGUAGUUUGGUUUAGCCUGAGAGUAUUUUUGAACAAUUUUGGAACUAAUGUACAAAACAUUAAAAAAAAAAAAAAAGAGGGGAGUGCAUCAAUAAUCGUUUUAUAAUCGAAUCGGAGCCUCUGAAUCGUAAUCGUAAUCGAAUCAUUAUGUGCCCAAAGAUUUCCAGCUCUACACACAAUGUACUCUGUCCCCUGGGAAUACACACCUGAUUCUGAGAUAUCUCCAUUGUCGCUGAUGGGUUCCUUGGCGAGAGCGGGUUUCCCUCGACUGCGUUUCGGAGGGUUUGCCUCGCUGCUCGAUGCAAAAAGACAGAGCGACAGGGUUCAUUUUAAGUCCAAUUCUACAGGCAGAAGGUAAGUGCUCUCCACUCACUUGAGUUUUUGGUCAUCAUCUUGUUCGUCUGAGGCGUGUUUUCCAUUUGGUAGGUCUAAAUAUUAGAAAAAGAGAUGAAAUUUGGCCCCUUCCCAAAAUUUGACCCUUUGCUGCCCCCACAUAUCUUUCUCACCUCCCUCUCCAAAGUGUUUUUCCGCCUCGCUGUCUGAGCUGUGGCCUUGAGACCUCAGGUGGUGUGAUGAAGGCGAGGGAGGACCAGUCUGUAAAGGGGUGAUGUUAACAUGAGGCGAAUGCGGGCUAGCGGGGGCUCCGGCCAAUCUGUCGGUCGGAUCCUCUGUCGCUUUUCCAUUGUGCUGCGAUGGAGAUUUCUUUUUGCCUGCUCUUGUGCCAUUUUUGGCCUUCUUGAACAGCACGGAUGUACGCCUGCCUACACCCACGACAGGCAGAGGGGGUGGCGUUCCCAGGGGCGUGCCUUCGUGUACGACUUCCGGUCGGGAAGAUGGCGUCUCGCCCACUUCGGCCUCGUCCUCACCGUGAUUUUUGAUGACGCUCCGGGACGAUCUCUGACGCUUGUAGGAACGCCCGGGUGACCGUCGGCCUCCAGUUAUGAUGCCCAAAAUAGGCGGUUCCAGCGGCGCGUCGCCUGGUAGCGGUGAUGACGCUGGACACGUAAGUUCUAACACAGGAGGGGAGUCAUCUGUAGGCCAAAAACAAAAUGAACUAGAAAAUGCAAUUUCCGGCAAAAGGUCACAGGUCACUUUAUUUUCUGUCACUUCCUAUUAAAUUUGGUGCAUUUUCAGGUCACUUUCAUGUUAAUGCAUUGACUGCCAUUGGUUGUGCUGGACGCCCAACACCUUUUGACUGAGAGGGACGUAUGAACAUUCAGUCAAAAGAGAUUGGAUGUCUAGCACCGCCAAUGGCACUGAAAGAUGUGCAUUCAAAGCCAGUCCAACCAGUUUAAUUGAAUUGGAUGUCUAUUGUUGUCAAGGGCUGGCAAUAAGUCAAUUGUGGGUCACUUCUUGUUGAUUUCAGGGCAUUUCUGGGUCACUUUGUUGAUUUCGGUUCACUUUCCUAUGAUUUUGAGGUUUUUCCGGGUCACUUCCUGUACAUUAUGGGUCACUAAGGCUACGUUCAUACUACAGGUCUUAAUGCAUGAAUCUGAUUUUUUCGUGUUUUUCCGACUCGAGUCUGAACGUGACAAGUCGCAUAGAACUGGACCAUUUAAAAUCCGAUCUGGGUCACUUUCAUUAUGUGGUUCAAAUCCGAUCUAGCCCAAAUUUUUCCAGAAUGUCGCGGCGGUCUGUACAGUCAAGUCUCCUAAAUCUGAAUUCAUGUAGCAAUUACGUCAUCAAAGAGCGACACAGACGCUACGGUAGCGGUGAAGCUGUGCGUUAUUGGCGCCUAGCUUGCAUUGAACACGGCUUUUGGGGAAGGGCCGGGCUUGGCAACAGUCAUAAAAAAAUAAAAAUGUGUUGAGGAUAAGCCUGAGAAUAAUCAGUUUUCACUGGUCUAUAUGAGCAAUAUUUCAACUAGGGCUGCAGCUAUCAAAUAUUUUAGUAAUCGAGUAAUCGACUGAAAAUUCUAUCGAGUAAUCGGAUAAAACUUUUUUUUUUUUUUUUAGGUAAAGAGCAAUUAUAAAUUUAUAUGAAAAAAAGACAUUUAAUCCAAUAUUGAACCAUUUUCAGUCAAUCAAUGUCUUAAUUUCCGAUGUACAGUACAUUGUUGAAAACAGCCAACAAUUGCAUCUCAGAUGUGACGAACAAAAAAUUCACUGCUUUUACUCAAAAAACUUCUAGAUCUUUCUAGAAAUUUCUUACCUAAAAAUGUAAUUACGCUUGAUAACACACAUCACUUGAAAGCUAUGUGUUUUUCCCACGUGUUUCAAUUGAAUUUCCAUUUGUGUCAAGCUAUUUAAGUUCUAAUUAAGUUUUAAGUUAGUCCAAACUGUAAGUACUGAUAGGAUUUUGAGGUUUUGCAGUGUUGAAAAUAAAUAUAUGAUACCUGCUGUAUUAGAGCACAUUAGGGACCAGUGCUACUUGGUGUUUUAUUCAGCAAUGAGUACUGAGCUCAAACUGACAGUUAGCUUUAUUAUGUUUUAAUUUUACACCCUCAUCACUCUACAGCGCUGUGUUUUUACAGAUUAAAUAUAGCCUGUAUGUAAGACACGUUAGCCACGCAUCGGCAGUGGUCAUAAUCAAUAGAAACUAGCCCUCCGAAGGGUUAACGUUACGUGAGCGAGAGACAGUAACGUUAUAUUUAUUAGCGCAUUCAAGUAUACUGCUUAAAGAUGGCGGCUGUUUAUCCACGCUGCCCAGACGCGGCCGAGUCUGCCAUUUCGCAUCUAGUCCCAGAUGCUUGCGAUAUCUAUGAGACGCGUCGGACACUACCUGCUACCACUAGCAUCAUGCGGACGUAAUUUUUAGCAACGUCAGCGUAGUUUGUAGCGGCUGUCGGCUGCAGUAAGGUUUUUUGUUUUUUUCUUUUUGUUAUUGCUUCUUCCUCUACGCACGUGAUGUCAGUGCGCUGUCCCUCAUAAAAAAGUUGUCCGGGCAAAACGUGAUGCUUAGAGCUGGCAAAAUUAAGUGAUUCCUCAAGGUGAAUAAAAUUACUCGGAUCAGUUUUUAAACUAGAGUUGCUCGAGUAUUCGUUUCAGUUCUAAUUUCAACAUUGCUUACACGGCCGAGAGUCGGGGCAAACGGCCCGUAUGUAUGUGUGACAUGCACGGACCGUGCGUGCAUGCUAUCGAUCCAUAUAAACUUUGAAUAUAAGCCUAAACGGGGAUUAUUUAUGUCUUUUAUUUGUGUCCUCUUUUUGAAAAGCAAAAUAUGAUAUCCCUGGAAUGACUGAUGACCGCCAGCAUGUGUGGUCAUUUGUUUUGAUGCUUCUGCGCAUGCGGGUCUUCUUGCCCAGUGCGUGUCAGACUGCGAAUUAGUGCGCAUGCGUAAUACUUCAAUGGUCUCAAUGGACAAAGGCAGUCUGAACGGGCACGCCAAAUAAACAGAUGACAAAAAAUCUGAUUUGUGCAUUAAGACCUGUAUUAUGAACCUAGCCUUACUUUACAUUUUUUGGGUCAAAAAUAAUGGAUUAUCUAAAAGUCCCAAUUGAAAAUCAAUAGGAAUGGAUUGUGAGGAAUGGUUGAUGGAUAUGUUUUUGUGUGAUGGGGCCAUUGAAAAUGUAUGUGAAAGUUUUGUCAAAUUUUGGUGAAAUUGUGCAUAUAUGCCAAAAACUACCUGAUUUAAAUGUUCGUGGGAUAAAAGCAUGACAAAUACCACUUUUUAAAAAUGGUUUUGCAAUUGAAAUGAUUUUUAUUUGUUCUUGUUUUUUUAUUUAAAAAAAAAAAGGCAAAACUGAACAUUAGGGGUGAAAUCGAAAGAGAACCUGUGCUGCAUACAUUUUGGAACAGAGUGUGUCAGUUGCGCCAAAUUAGUGGACAGAACCUAAACCUGAAUAUUAUAUGUGGGGGAGCUUUACUUUGCUCUGUGUAAAAUCAGGCUUUUGUAAGUUACCUCCAUGAUCCAUAAUCUUCUUUUUGGCCCUCUUCGGUUCCUUUCUCUCCUCCUCGUCUUCCUCAUCAUCAUCAUUCUUGGCGUUAAGCAUCUGGGCAGUUUGCUGCUGCUGGUUCACCUUCUGCCGAAGAGUGUUGAUUUCUCGACGCAGUAGCCGAAUGCGUUUGGUUCGUCCGCCGCUUGUCCGCAUGGACGUCACUACGUCCAGUUUGUCAAGCAAGGCUUUGAGCUGCUCUUCCGUGCUCAGGUGAAGCCUGUUGUCAGGAUCCAAGAGGGAGUCAACUGUGUUUGAGAGGGAAAUGAAAAACAUGAGUCUGGAUACAGGGAUGUUACGCGACAUUGAUAAAUGUUGACUCACCGUCAUCCCAGGUGCACUGCUGGAAGCCAUGCUUGUUGGGAGACUCGGGCAGGUGCAUGCCCGUGCUGGGGUCCAGGCCAAUGCUCUGCGACUGCCUGUGGGCGUGGCGUAAGACAGCCCCGCCUACCUCGCGCAGCUGCAAAGCUGUUUUGUGGAACAUAGUGUCCUUGGAGUUGUACUUUAGGCAGUUGGAGAUCAUGAGCUCAAAAUCCUCCUCCAGGUCUGCCACGGAGCAGUAGGCGUGUCUCUCCAACUUGACCCGCAUGGUGGACAGGUCCAUGGGUCGGGAUACGAACUCUAGGUAGUCUGGGACCUCGUGAAGAAUUUGAAUGACAAUGUGAAGCCAAGUUUUAAAACAAAACAGUCUUUUUCCCCCACGUGUUCUAACCUCUGCAAGAUUGACUGGCUGGGAGAAGAUUUUGGCCGUGUCCUUCUCCUGCAGCUGCUCCAAGGUGGUCCGGAGGAGCACCAGUGCCGGCGUCAACUUCAGCUCUGUGGCAGCCUGCUGAAUUUUCACCUAAAAAGGAAAUUCCGGCGAUUAAAUUUGCUCAACUUGCACCAGAAUCCUACUCAAGACCAACCUGUUCCCUCUUUAGCCGUUCUCUCUUACGAAUGAGUUCCACCAGGAGUCUCGCUCUUUCCAGGUCUUGCCGCAACUUUUGCCAAUAACGCAGCUCCUCUCGAGCAGCGCACAGCUUCUCAUCGGGCUCCUUCUAAACACACAAGAACACGCAAACUUUAAACACUGGUCUGCUACUAAAUAUCCCUUUUGGGAUUAAUUCAGUGCCACUGACGGUGAAGGAGGACCGGAAAGAUUAGGGUAUAUGCGACAUUCAGAAUGGAUUGCGAAUCAGUGGUUUUGAUGUCUUCAAAUCCUUCAGCCAUCUUUCCUCACCUGUUCAGCAGUCCGAUGGGCCUGCAUGUGGGAGUGAAGUCGACGUAUUAAAGGCAUUCCGUUCCGAGACUGUCGCUUCAGUAGCCAGUAAUUAUGAAGCCUCUGCAUGAACUGAUUCUUCCGCUGAACUUCUACUCCUGUGCAAAUCUUGUUCAGCCUGUAGAGACGAUAAAUUUAUUCCCACUGAAGUAUUCAUCACUGGCAGGUGCCAGCCUUGGAUUUUCCUUCUUGUCUCACCUGUGAGAAGGAAUUUGAGGCACAAGCAGCACAGGCACGUUUGAGCGACGUGUAGACCCGCCAGGUCCUUUACCCUUCUUUUUUUGUCCCUUGGAUGACUUCUUUGCCGGGGGCGUGGGUGAACUCUGAGUGUAGGACCUCUGUCCUCGGUUUCCCCUUCCCCCCACCAGUCUCCCUUCCACCGACUCGUCCCCUGACCCGUCUUGCCGUGACCCCACCGGGGAAUGGUGCUCACAGAAGGCAGUCUUCUUAACAGAAAAGGUGGUCCCAUUCACGCCAGUUUCCCGGACGGGGUCAAUCUUCAUGUAGAGUCCGGCUUUCUGGGCACAGGUGACGUGAAAGGCGCGGUAGCAAUUGGCUUUGUGGCACUGGAUAGACGCCCCCCGACCCUUCUGCUUGCACAGGUAACAAGUGAGCUUCCAGCGGGCAGGAGGGAUGUUUUUUACCCCCUCUACAGGCUCCAGGAACACUGUGUUGGCAAAGCAUACCUCCGGGAUCCAUAUGGCGCACACCACGUGAGCCCAACGCCCGUCGCAGGUCUGCUUGAAGGCACCUCCUCGGUUGGGACACAGUACACAAUCUACAGGGCGGGAAGGCGACUGCAGACAGCAGCGGCACAACCACUGGCCCUCAGGUACGUACGGCACGCCGUAGCACUCCUGAUGCACUGCCAGGUUGCAGAUGUCACAAAAAAGGAUGACGUUGCUAUUCAGACAUUCGUCGUCCAGGCACACGCAGCAGAAGGCGUCCUCAUCCACGGCGCACUGGGACAGUGCCUGGCUGCGGGACUCCAAGAUGGACUCCCUCUCCAGGCGGUCUAUCAGCAGCUCAAAGGUGUCUGCGGACACCGACGCGUGACCGUCGGACACUCGCUUCUGGUUUACCAUCUCCAGCCAGGCUAGGUCUUCCUCGUCCAUGUCGUACUCAGCCACUCUGUCCAGCUCUUCGUUGGACUUCUCAAUGAAGCGGUAGUACGCGGCCGGCAGGGGAGUGGCAUCCGGGGUACAAACGGAUCCCAGCGUGCGGAAGGUAGGCUCAGGUAGUGGACUCUGAAGCUGCAGCGAAUUGGUAGAUGCCGUUUGCUGCUGGGAGCUGGAUCGUUUGUUCUGCUGCGAAUCAUUUUUGCAAUUCCUUCUCCCUUUACUGUUGGGGCUGGGCUUCUUCUUUUGAGUCUGCAAACUGUUCUCCUUGUUGCUGUUACACUCUGCGAUAUCCUGGGCCAUCAUUUCGUCCUCAGUGAUCACUGGCAAAGGGUCUGUGAUGUUGAUUCGAUGCAGCCUGCCGUCCAAGUCCACCUCAACGAUCUUCUGCGCCUGGGCGUAUGUCAGCGUCUCUCUAGAAGGAGAGAGCUGCAGUCUGUAGGGCGAGGGUGAGCGCAAGUGGCCCGCCGAGCCUCUGCCCCUGCCUCGCCCUCUGCCUCGGCCGCGACCCAUGUUGAGUCCUCUUACAGCUGUCUUACAUUCCAGCCUUCUUGCCUUCUGCAUGGGGGGCUUACAACAGCUCUCUAGCACACACAGACACAGAGGAAGAUAAAUUAAUGCUGUGCCUAAUACUUGUGAGGAGAGACAGACAACUUCAUCAUGUGCAUCCCAGCAGGAGGAAUCCUGUUACAUACAUUUUAAAAAACAGAAUUUAAUUUUACUGAUGUGUAACAAAGGAGGUUAAUGUAACUAAAAGCCAGUAUUUCCAGAAAAGAGACGCCCAUAGUUAGGGCAGAAAUUUUAUUAGGGUUGGUACUAUUUUAGCCGAUAAAAUUUGAGUAUUCAAACUUCAUGUGACAUUUCGAGAUGUCAAAAAUGCCCACUAUCCCAUGCACCUGCGUUUAAGUCUCAGUGUCUUUUUUUGACCAGCAGCCUUAAAGGGAUCCGCAGAUAGAAAGACUUGUAGUUCUUAAAAGAUACUUUAGUUUCAAUAUCUAAUUAUUUUAACUCAUAAUAAAGAUGUCCCGAUCGAUCGGCCGAUCACGUCAUUUUCAAAGUAUCGGAAUCAGCAAAAAAAUAUCGGACAUGCCUUUUUUUUUUAAUAUAUAUAUAUUUUUUAAUUAAAUCAUUUUCUAUUUGUGUUUAACGUUACAGACAAAAUGUCUUACACUCAUCCAGAGUCUUUAGUUUUGGCUUAAAGUAGGGCUAUCAAAUUUAUCGCGUUAACGGCAGUAAUUAAUUUUCUUUAAAUUAAUCACGUUAAAAUAUUUAACGCAAUUAACGUAUGCACUGCACGACCUACUCACGCAUUGUCGUGUUCAAUCUAUAAUGGCGCCAUUUUACCUAUUUAUAGAGCUAAAAGGCAGCGUAAAAUGAGUAGAGUGAACUUUGGCAGUCUUUGAAGCCUUUUUUUAAUUGGCUAAAGCCUUACAAUCCCUCUCUCAACAAUUAGAAAUAUCGUGGGAAGCAAUGUGGGGAAGCAAGGUAAUAGUUGAUCUUUUUCUUAACACCCUAUGUUAUUUCCCAACGCAGAGAAGAUAUAUCAAUUGGUGCCACUACGCACAGUCAUGGUUGCACUUCCCAUCAUGCAUUUGGGCAGAACGGUUAAAUGGCUAAAGUAUCAUUUACUGAAAGCUCAACAAAUACACUAGAUGGCAAUAUUUAGUCACAAUAUACAAACUCACAUUUAUCCUUUAAGAAUUACAAGUCUUUCUAUCCGUGGAUCCCUCUCACAGAAAGAAUGUUAAUAAUGUAAAUGCCAUCUUGAGGAUUUAUUGUCAUAAUAAACAAAUACAGUACUUAUGUACUGUAUGUUGAAUGUGUAUAUUCGUCCAAGUUUUAUUCAUUUUUUUCUUAAUGCAUUGCCAAAAUGUAUACGAUCGGGAAAAUUAUCGGGAAUGAUUGGAAUUGAAUCUGGAGCAAAAAAAAAAAAAGCAAUCGGAUCGGGAAAUAUCGGGAUCGGCAGAUACUCAAACUAAAACGAUCGGGAUCGGAUCGGGAGCAAAAAAACAUGAUCGGAACAACCCUAAAUUUGAAACCCCUCUUGAUGUUUUCGUUUUUAUGCAAUUAGUAAAAUUUGUUUAACUAGUAGGUCGCCAUUGUUGUUGACGUCGCAGGGCGAUGACGUCACACUGCCGGGCUUCCAGAGUAUGACUCAAGCGAUAUAAACAUGUCAUCUGUACAACCAUUUCAAUUUGAACCCGAGAGGAACAUUAAUGAGCACAACAGCACUGUUGAUAUUUCACAAAACGAGCACCAAAAGCAAAAUGAACAGGAAAGACUGUUUGAGACGAGACGAGAGACCAAAACCGGCUAAAAGUCCAACAAGAGGCGAAUUUGACACCCAAAGUACAACCGUGCGCUUUCAGCUUGUUUUGUUUAGAUGCAUCCGGACACAACAUACUUAAAGAGCAUACGACAGGAGAAAAAAAAAAGUCUUAAAUAGCAUUAUUAUGUGAAUUAGUAUCAUAUUUUGAGACGAUUCGACUAUAUACAACAAUUUAGCAAAGCGCAGAUGACGAGAAAUUAGUCUUUUAAUCUGCCGGUUAGCCACGCCUACCAUUAUAGGGCUCUAGUGUCCCCAACAGGUGGAUGACGUCAGCGGGAGACUGGGCUCAUCGGUUUUACUAUACAGCCCAUUGAGGGGGAAUUAUUCAGAACGAGGAAAACGCGACGAAGAGACCCGCAAAAUUUCAUUGUUUCAGUCUCUCUACUCCAAUAUUUUUACAGGAUAUUCUUUUUAUCCAAGUAUUUUUCCCCAAUAGCUAAAUAAAUGGCUUGAGAAGGACCAGUCAGCCCGUCGAGGGGGAACUAUUCACAACGAGGAAAACGCGACGAAGAGAGCUGCAAAAUGUCAUUGUUUCAGUCUCUUUACUUCAAUAUUUUUACAGGAUAUUCUUUUUAUCCAAGUAUUUUCCCCAAUUGCUAAAUAAAUGGCAUGGUCAUGACAAAUAACAGUCUUGUGCUAAAUGGAAUAUGAAAUAAUAAAAAUGCACUUAUUCAGGACAACAUGGCAAAAUUACUCCAUAAUGGUCAAAACUGUCGACUUCACCUUUACUGUCGCACCUCCCAAACGAUAUUUUAUGACACCUAAAUCGGACAUAUGUCAUUUCCCUUCCCCUGCUUCGGAGAAUGUAAACAAACCAAGAGGCGUGACAGCAGGCCGACAUGCUAACCCGAACCGAGUGAUGUUUCAAAGUCUUUGAAGCGGAAAAUCACACAUAACUAGCUCGGAUGUUUUGACAUGACGACUGGGUUGUCGAUUGUCUUCGCCGGAGAGCAAUUUACAGCUUGUUCCCCGGAGGAGGGCGGCUGCAAUUGUUGUGCACCUAAUGUGCAUGAGGAGAGCUUUUUACAUGCCUUUCAAUGACCAAACGUAAGUAGUCCUUAAUUUAAAGAAAGUUUGUAGUGUUUACUUUGUAAUCGCUGUAUUCGCGGCUAUUUUUAACUCAAAGUUGCAAUUUCUGAUCUGUCGGAAAAUUUGACAGAACACCGGGCACAUGAGCACAAUAAGCCGAAUAUAGUGCUCUCCCGGCGGAUGGAUGUGCGACAAGCCGCCGGUGUUGUGCCGAAAAAUAGCCGCCCCGCAUGCAUGUCAGCCACAAAAUGCAAGCCACCUACAUAUUAAAAUAAUCCCAGUAUUUGACAUAAUACAAAACACAAUGUUUACUCACUUCCUCUUAAGUCCAAUGGUCCCACAGUAGUAGGGCUUGUUUUGGCCAAUAUCCACGGUGAAUCGGAACCUUUUGAAACUCCAAAGAGGCGCACACGCCUCUCCCUCAUACAUUUAGAUUUUUCUGUAGCCGUUUGGCUGGCGUGACGCAAAAAAUAAACAUAUUAAUCCGCAAAAUCAGCUGAAUCCUUUGUCCUCAUACACAACAGUACGGCUGUAUAGCGAAGAGGACGCCUUCACCCGUAGAUGUCACAGUGCCCUCCUCCUCAAUGCAAGACCGAAGCCGGAAGUCACUCAUUUUCAUGGCGCGGGAUUAAAAAACUAAAUAAAUAUAGCGAUCGCUUCCACACACAUUCAAGCAGUCCAUAUCAUUCAGGAGCAUAAAAUACCGCGUGAAUUAUGAAAUAAACAAGCUUUUUCAUGUCACAUGCACUUUAAGAUGCCUUAGGAAAAUACUUAAACGUAGUAAUAUCAAAUAAGGGUUGUUUAAAUAUACUACGUGACUAAUGUGGUCAACAGAUCAACAAUCCGCUUUAAAGCUACCACAAGAAAACACAAUGCCUUAAAGUAUGAGAAGGAUACACAUGCAAAAAGUGUUUUGAGGCAAUGAAAAAGUAAUAAAAGACUCAAUAAAAACACAAAUAGUAAGUACUCGCUGCUUUUAACAGAUGAGCAAAUGUGUUGGACAUCUCGCUGCGUAGAAGGAAUUGCAGUAACCCGGUAGUAUUCGUUGAGUGGCAGUUACAAUCUACGUCGUCACCCCGAGUGUCCAUUGCAGGUAUAAAAACAUGGCGGCCUCCGUAGGUCAAAACAUGUACUGAAUAUAGAUUUUUAAAUCAAUGGCAAUAUUUUAUGUGUUUCUGAUAACAUAUUUUAGUAAAAUAGAACAAUUGUGGCUUACUAGAGCCUACAAGUCUUUAAUCUGAGGUUCCCUUUUAGAAAUUCACAAAUAGCAUGAAUACUUUAGUCAAGAGUCUUUCAAAUCAUAGCCAUUUAUACAAGGAGUUAUCUGUUCUUUUAAAGUGAACAAAUAUGAGAAUUUACUUUUUAAUAUCUUGUGUACAAAUAUUAUUGAGUUAAGAUGUAGGGGGGAAAAAGUGUCAAAAUAAUUUUCAAAGAGGUUUUACAAUGUAAUGUUUGUUUAAACUCAGAUUCAGAAUAUUUAUUGUCAUUAUUACAAAAAGCACAACGAAACUUUGUUUGGAGCAUCCAUACAGCUAAGUUGGCAAAGUGCAAAACCCAUAUAAUACCAGUGUUGGAAAUAACGCCGUUACAAAUAACGCCCUUACAUAACGGCGUUAUUUUUUCAGUAACGGGGUAAUCUAACAUUAUUUUUUCCGCCGUUACCGUUACUGAUGGUCAAAAGCGGUGCGUUACUUACUUUGAAUAAAUUGAAGAAACUACCAGCCGUAGCGAGUCUGCUCUGUUUAUUUGCCAUCCAAGACUUGAGGUGCGUUCAAGUUCAUGGCAAUGAAAAUAGUCAACACACAUAGCCUACCUUUGCAAGAACGAUGGAGUUGCCGUUUGAUAGGGUCAUAAUGUGCAGGUCCUGCACCCAUCCGCAGCAAAACUGUUCGUAGCUUUGUAGCGAUUUGUAAUUUCGGAAUCAUUGAUGAGUUUAGUUACAUACACAAAACAGCAGAAUGUCCAUUUUGCGUAAAUGUGGAAGUCUGUUGACAAAUUCACUCCAUUUGUCUUCGGCUUGCUCGUAAGGGUCAACAUUGUUCACAUCCUUAAGUUUGAUCACAUAUCUGUUCUUCCGAGUUUGUCUCUUUAUCGACCUAGCAAGUUAAAGUUUAAUGUCCUGCGAGCCAGACCUGCUUCCAUUAUGGCUGCGUUGUUGUCAAAUCUCACAUUAUCCCCCAUUUUGUGAUGUAAACGCUCGAGCAUUUGCAUAAGAGCAUAAAGGCGCACGUACUUCAGAGCCGGUUGUUUAUAUGUAUGUGAAUUGUCUCGCCCUAUGUUUGUAUAUGUGUAUUUGUUGUUAAUAAAGUUUUUUUUUUUUUUUGUAAACCAAACUUCAGAGCCGUUUUCACACACAAACCGGAACAGCGCGUGCGGCAAACACACACACGCAAAACAGAUGCAGAGGGAUAUGAUGGCAGAGCAUUCAGAGGAAAAUUUGUCCUUUACGAGGUGGAGAUAUAAACACUAUUUCAAGUUGGUCGAAAUUAAAGGAAAGAACAUGCAUGUAAAGUGUAAUUUAUGUCCCGGGGCAAAGCUUUUGUCAACAUCUGUGGUAAGCAAUUCAAACCUGUUUAUUUUUGUUGCACAUUAAGUGUAGGAUAAAUCUGUUGCUGGUGAGGUGCAAUAAAUAUUACAAGGUUGUAUAACAUAACUACUUGUCCGUUUUUCUCUAUUUAACGAACUCGAAUACUGCUCAGAAAAUUUCAAAUUCUUUGACAUACAACAACUUUUUAAAGUAACGGAAAUAGUUACUUUCCCUGGUAACUAGUUACUUUUACUAUAGAGUAAUUCAGUUACUAACUCAGUUACUUUUUGGAAGAAGUAGUGAGUAACUAUAACUAAUUACUUUUUUAAAGUAACGUGCCCAACACUUUAUAAUACAUACCCUUUAGUACCAACUGUAAAUAUUGACACAGUAUUGGACAUAUGUACAACAAAGAUUCAACAGCAGUAUGAAGUAAUGUCAUGUAAACUGCGAUUAGAACUAACUGCUGACUAAAUAUACUCAAUGUCUCCUCCAGGUACGUGGAUCUGGUCAAACAUACGGAUACAAAUAUACUGAGGAGCUAUUUAACAACAUGGUUAUUAUAAUUAUAGCAAUAGAGUGGCACUAUCAGUUUCUUGUAGUUUGCCUUUUGUGUUGCAAAAUAAGUUCAUAACUUUUUGCUAGCCUGUAACAAUGACAUUCGGUUAGUUAAAAUAAUGACAACAAUAAUUCAUUCUUAAAGACUAUAAUAUAACAAUUUGCGCUCGUCCGGCUGUACAGGUGUACGCAAUGUUUUGGCAUUCGUGAAUUUCCUGUCAAGACACGCCUUGUCUCUCUUCCCAUUGGGCCAAUCGGGAGCCAGUACCGUUGUCACGUUUCUCUUCGUCCAAUUAUAUUUCCGUAAAAGUCUUUUUCUCUUUUUUUACGUCCUGUUGCUGUGUAUAGUUCGGUUGAGCAGCGCUAAAUACCAAACCAAGUAGCUCGUCGUCCGUCAGCCAUUUUGAGCUCUCAACAGCACAGGGAAGCGACACAAUUACAUUAUGGCAACAGCAGCAAAUAAAAUGAGCAUUAGGCUCGGUGCUUAUAUGAGGUAUUUAAAUGAAUGUACACGUUAGACGACACGACAUAACUAUAUUCACAGUCUAGACUGUCAGUCCGUUGCGUUCACCCACAGCACAUGUUAAAAAAAAAGGAAGGACAACGAUAGCGUUUCUCUGUAAGAGCAGGCACUAAACAUACACACGACUCUUACUUUAAAAUAACAAUUUCUCGACUAACGCUCCAAACGUCGAACAUGUCUGCCUUACCGUGGAAAGUGGUCCUCAGUAGUGCGAGU